AUGGCCAUAUUACAGCCAUUUUUCUGUGAUAAAUCUCUGCCCAAGAUCCUCAACUUCUCACCCACAUGCACCACUCCAAAAGUAACAAAUCUAGUACCCACAAAAUCAAAGGAUUUAGUAUCCCGUUCAGAAAAACAUAAUCAUAAAAAGAGUUAUUUUUCAGUGAGGAAGCACUGGAAAAAGUGCCAUGCAGUUGCUGAGGAGAUUAUUGGUGGGCUAUCAUCAUCUGCAUCAUCAGAUGAUGAGCAAGGUGAGAGUGUGAUUUUGAGUCCAUCUAGUCAAGAUGAAGUGGCGGAAUAUGAUUGGACAGAAGAAUGGUACCCUCUUUAUCUCACCAAGAAUGUACCAGAUGAUGCUCCAUUGGGUCUUACUGUGUUUGACAAGCAGGUUGUUCUUUAUCGUGAUGGCAAUGGAGAGAUUCUGUGUUUUGAAGAUCGAUGCCCUCAUAGGUUGGCAAAACUUUCUGAAGGUCAAUUGUUUGAUGGGAGACUGGAAUGUCUGUACCAUGGUUGGCAAUAUGACGGCAGUGGUAAAUGUGUGACAAUCCCUCAGCUCCCGACGGGUGCAAAAAUUCCACUAUCAGCUUGUUUAAAACCAUAUGAAGUGAGGGAUUCUCAAGGAGUUAUAUGGAUAUGGAUGUCUCACAAGACGCCAUCAAAUGCUAAGAAAAUACCUUGGUUUGAAAACUUCGCGAAGCCAGGUUUUCGAGAUAUUUCAACAAUUCAUGAACUUCCGUACGAUCACUCUAUUCUCUUAGAAAACCUCAUGGAUCCUGCCCACGUUCCUAUCUCACACGAUAGAACAGAUUUUACUGCAAAAAGAGAAGAUGCGACAGCACUAUUUUUCGAAGUGACUGAAAGAACAGCUCGAGGCUUUGCAGACCGUCCGGCCAAGGAAAAUCCAUGCUUAUUGUGA